UUAUGGAUGAUGGUGUUGAGGUGAAAGACUUCAGUGAAAAUCCAGAAGAGAGUAAUAAUAAAGAUGAACCUUCCUCGGGGGUAAGGCGGUUGAGACACUUUUAAGUAUAAAACACCUCAGCCUAUAGGAGAAGUAUAUUUUACAGAAACAUUUGACAGUGGAAAUCUGGCUGGGUGGGUCUUAUCAAAAGCAAAGAAGGAUGAUAUGGAUUCAGAAAUUUCUAUAUAUGAUGGAAGAUGGGAGAUCGAAGAACUGAAGGAAAACCAGGUGCCUGGGGACAGAGGACUGGUUCUGAAGUCGAAAGCCAAGCACCAUGCAAUAGCCGCUCUCCUCAAAAAACCCUUUAUUUUUGCCGAUAAACCUUUGAUAGUUCAAUAUGAAGUAAAUUUUCAAGAUGGUAUUGAUUGUGGAGGUGCAUACAUUAAGCUGCUAGCAGACGCUGGUGAUUUGAUUCUGGAAAACUUUUAUGAUAAAACAUCCUAUACCAUCAUGUUUGGACCAGAUAAAUGUGGAGAAGAUUAUAAACUUCAUUUAAUCUUCAGACACAAACAUCCCAAAACUGGAGUUUUUGAAGAAAAGCAUGCCAAGCCUCCAGAUGUCGACCUGAAAGAGUUCUUUACAGACAGGAGGACACACCUCUAUACCCUUGUGAUGAAUCCGGAUGAUACGUUUAAAAUAUUAAUCGAUCAGAAAGUUGUGAACCAAGGCACCUUGCUAGAUGAUGUGGUCCCGCCUAUCAAUCCACCCAGAGAAAUUGACGACCCCAAUGAUAAAAAGCCAGAGGAGUGGGAUGACAGAGCCAAGAUCCCCGACCCCACGGCCGUCAAGCCAGAGGACUGGGAUGAGAAUGAACCUGCCCAAAUAGAAGACUCAAAUGCUGUUAAACCUGAUGGCUGGCUUGAUGAUGAACCAAAAUUUAUUCCUAAUCCUAAAGCUGAGAAACCCGAGGAUUGGAGUGAUGAUAUGGAUGGAGAAUGGGAGGCCCCACAUAUUCCUAAUCCAGCCUGUCAGAUCGGAUGUGGAGAAUGGAAACCUCCCAUGAUCGAUAACCCAAAAUACAAAGGAAUCUGGAGACCACCAAUGAUCAAUAAUCCUAACUACCAGGGAAUCUGGAGCCCUCAGAAGAUUCCCAACCCAGAUUACUUUGAGGAUGACCACCCAUUCCUCCUGACUUCUUUCAGUGCACUGGGCUUAGAGCUUUGGUCCAUGACUCCUGACAUCUACUUUGAUAAUUUUAUCAUCUGUUCAGAAAAGGCGGUGGCAGAUCAGUGGGCUACAGAUGGCUGGGAACUGAAGAUAAUGGUGGCAAAUGCUAAUGAGCCUGGUGUACUCCAACAGUUGGCUACGGCUGCAGAGGAGCGCCCCUGGCUCUGGCUCGUGUGCCUGGUGAUGGCCGGCGUGCCCAUUGCAUUAGUUACUUCAUUUUGUUGGCCAAGGAAAGUGAAGAAAAAAUAUGAAGACAUGGAGCCUAAAAAAACUGACUUAUGCAAACUGCAAAGCAAGGCCGCUCUGGAACAAGAGGCAGAGGAAGAGAAGGCCCCAGAGAAGCCAGAAGACAUGCAAGAAAAUAAGCCAAGUGAAAUGGAAGUCGACACCGUGGGAAAGGAAGUAAUUGGUGAACCAGAAGAGAAGAGUGAGGAAGAUGGAGAAACUAUAGAAGGUCAAGAGGAAGUGAGCAGGCUGAGUAAAUCUGGAUCCGAGGAUGAGAUGAAGGACGCUGAUGAGAACACGGGAUCUGGAGAUGCCCCAGUGAAGUCAUUACGGAAGAGGAAGGUACGGAAGGACUGAGCGUCAAGUAUGGAAAAUUCCUGAGAGAGAGAUCUGGUAUCUAGAGUCAGGGUGUCCAAAAGGACAGUGACUCUGCGCAUCUGCACAAACUCUUAAGUAUCUAGCAAUAUUACUCAUUCAGAAACUUCUUUCUUUUGGGGGUGGGGGAAAGUAACUUUGAAGUUAACUGGUCUUUGAAUUUAGAAUAAAAGUGGCACAUUACAUGAGAGCGAAGGGGUUCGUCUCCUUAGAAGUUAGUUUAACAGUUGGAAGGAAGGUCGUUUUUGGUUUUAUGGAGAAAAAAUAAUGUGCUUUUUGUUCACCUGGUAUUGGAACACCUGCUACUGGGCUCUCCUCUGCAGUGCCUACACAGGAAGAGGUUAGUUUUAGAGCCGUGGGUUGCUCUGUUGUACAGGCUGAAGGUGACAGAGUCCGUGGAUGAUCAUUCA